AUGAUUUGUUUUCUCGUCGUGAUUAUGGCGCUGACUUGCAGUUUCUUGAGUGCUGAGGUACUCGAUCGCGACAAGAUGCUUGACGUUAUGGCCAAGGUCCACGGCAAUCACGAUUAUAGUAUUCGAAAUGAUGAUUUAGAAGAGGCGACAGAAGAGCUCAAGUGUUAUGGUCAUUUUACACGUGAUUAUGAUCCUGUAUGUGGUUCGAAUGGUAAAAUUUACUCAAAUCUCAGUAUGUUUACCUACCGCCAAUGCAUGAUGAAGAUUCAAGAGAAUAUUGAAAUUCAAGUGAAGGAAAUGAAGUAUUGCAAGGAUGCUCAAGUGGAAGACAUGACACAUGUAUCGUGA